AUGGAACGCCAACCCCUAUGAGUUCUCCACUUCUCCUAAGAACAGAGGUACGAUAGAUAACCCCCGUCCCAAUUCAAAUCCGCCAAAUCUGGUAAGACGACCGCCACGCCGCUUUCCCUCCCCCGCCUCCCUCCCAAACCCAAUUCACCUCCUCGUCCGCCUUCUUCGAAAUACCGCCAAAUCAAACCGAGAGCAAUCGAAAUCCCAAAUCCCACCUCUCGAAUUUAGCCCAGGCAUUCCCAAAUCGCGCGGUUCUGAUGCCGAAGGCGCACGAGGAGGAGGUGCCGGCGGCGGGGGCGGACAGCGAGGAGCUCGAGCCGCUCUUCGACUACUCCCGCGUGCAGCCCACCAUCGACUUCUGCUUCGACGAUUCCGACCUCGAGAAGUCGGACAUCUUCGUCCACUGCAACAAGCGCCCCAAGGUGCCCGCCGCCGCCGCCGACGACGCGAACGCUGUCGAGGGGGGUAAGGCUAACGAGAAGGGCGACGCCGGCAUAAAGAAGGCCACGGUGGUGAAUUUGGAUGAUGAGGAUUGGCUGGCUCCGCCGCCGCUGAAGCCUGUGCUUAGCACUGAAGUAUGCAAGGAUAAAACGAUGCACGAGCUGAGAUUAAAGAAACAAGAGGUAGAAAAACUGUCUGAUGAUGCAUUUGAAAAGGUUGUUGAAACUGUUAAGAAAGACAUGGCAGCCAAGAAGCCGCCUGAACCUAUAGUUCUUGAUGAUCCAACUGAAUCAGAGACUAAGAAAUCCAAAGAAAAGAUCUGCAUAAUGGUUCAGGAAAAGGAUGGAAGGCAGCAGUUCCGUGUAUGCAAGGAUGAGAAGUUCGACAAGCUUUUCAAAGCGUAUGCUAAGAAGGUCCAGGUCAGCCCAUCCGAUCUGACUUUCGUAUUUGAUGGCGACAAAAUAAACCCAGCAAGUACACCCCAGGACCUUGACCUGGAGGAUGAAGACAUGAUUGAGGUGCACCAUAAGCCAACUCUAGGCAAGCCAGCUGAAGCAUACGUGAAGAAAUCGCGAGAAAAGAUACUUAUAAUGAUUCAGGACAAAGAUGUGAAGCUGCAGUUUCGUGUAUACAAGGAUGAGAAAUUUGACAAGCUUUUCAAGGUGUAUGCUAAGAAGGUUCAACUCAAGCCAUCUGAUCUGAUUUUCAUAUUCGAUGGUGACAAAAUAAACUCGGCUAGUACACCCCAGGACCUUGACUUGGAGAAUGAUGACAUGAUUGAGGUGCGCCACAAAUCCCACUGAUGGCUAGGAGCUUGGCCCGGAGUUAUCUCAAUCUGUAGUUUUGGGCGUCCCUGAGUGGGAUGUUGUUUGGAGGUUGACCUGUUUUCCUUUGUGGUCAGCUGCUCAUAAGGUCAGCUCAACUUUUGCUAGUGUUAGCUUCUUUUACAUGUUCAUGUCUAUGCCCGCAAUAGACAUAUCAAACAUGCAAUUGUAUGUAGAGCAUGCUUCUUUCCAGCCUGUCUGAUAGAUGCCCCCCCACACACACACGCCUUUUGCUCUGUAUUUCACAACGUGAGAUGGUUAGAAUUUUACUAUGAAGUAUUUGAGCGGUGUAUCUUAGUGUACAGACAGGAUUUGCUUGUAUCAAUUUCACGUUAAGUGGACGACUGCGCAAAUCCAAAGUUCCUAAUCACACGGCUCUACCUGUAUGGAUAAUUUCGUUUCUGGAUUCUAUAGGAUAGUUGUCCAGCGGAUGUAA